UGUGUGUGUGUGUGUGUGUGUGUGCGUGUGCGUGUGCGCAGCGGAAACAUGGCGGAGAGCGACCUGAACGUUGACAGCCUCAUCUCUCGGUUACUGGAAGUGCGAGGAUGUCGUCCAGGAAAGAUCGUACAGAUGUCAGAGGCGGAGGUUCGGGGGCUCUGCAUCAAGUCCAGAGAGAUUUUCCUCAGCCAGCCGAUUCUCCUAGAACUGGAGGCUCCUCUUAAAAUCUGUGGUGAUAUCCACGGACAAUACACAGACUUACUGAGGCUAUUCGAGUAUGGAGGCUUUCCUCCAGAGGCCAACUAUCUGUUUCUGGGGGAUUAUGUGGACAGAGGGAAGCAGUCGCUGGAGACCAUCUGCCUGCUGCUCGCAUACAAGAUCAAAUACCCAGAAAACUUCUUCUUGCUCAGGGGGAACCACGAGUGUGCCUCCAUCAAUCGCAUCUACGGCUUCUAUGACGAGUGCAAGCGCAGGUUCAACAUAAAGCUCUGGAAGACGUUCACAGACUGUUUUAAUUGUCUGCCCAUUGCUGCGAUUAUUGACGAGAAGAUCUUCUGCUGCCACGGAGGACUCUCACCUGAUCUGCAGUCCAUGGAACAAAUCCGACGUAUUAUGAGACCCACUGACGUCCCAGACACAGGCUUACUGUGUGACCUGCUGUGGUCGGACCCGGACAAAGACGUCCAGGGCUGGGGGGAGAACGACAGGGGAGUUUCUUUCACCUUCGGGGCCGACGUGGUCAGCAAGUUCCUCAACCGCCACGACCUGGACCUCAUCUGCCGAGCUCAUCAGGUCGUUGAAGACGGCUACGAGUUCUUUGCAAAGCGACAGCUGGUGACGCUGUUUUCCGCCCCUAAUUACUGCGGGGAGUUUGACAACGCUGGCGGCAUGAUGAGCGUGGACGAGUCCCUCAUGUGCUCCUUUCAGAUCCUGAAGCCGUCAGAAAAAAAAGCGAAAUACCAGUACGGAGGGGUGAACUCGGGACGCCCCGUCACCCCACCACGCACCACUCAGGCUCCUAAGAAGAGGUGAGCGGCCGGCCCCGGCUCUCCUGCUCCUCCAGCUGGUUUCUGGCCCACGUCCCCGCAGGCUGCCUCAAACACUCCAGCCUCCUCUCACUCAGUUUGUUCUUUGUGUAACUAAGAAACGCCCGGAGUGUUUCCUGCUUGUUCUGUGGGUUUUUAUGAACAUGAGUGUUCCUCCCGCCCAUUUUUUUUUUUUUUUUAACGCCAUGAUAUGCAUUUACUCAGCCCCUUCAGGAAUAUUAACACCGACCUGUCGUAGAUCGGGUAACGCGCCUCCCUGCCUUCAGACUAAACAUUUCCAUGGUGACUUUGUUUAAUGCAUGCACGCUUGUGUGUGAGAUGGCCAAAUGUUUUCUCUCUUACCUUCGGCUCUAGUUCCAUAUUUACUUAAGUGUUUCAAUUCCUUCAUUUUAGCAUUUAGACUGGGAACAGGAAGUUUGUCUCUUUCCAAAAAUAACUAAAUCUGUCUGUCAGGUCUUCACCUUAUUUUAUUCAUAUACUUUAUUGACCCUGAAGGAAAAUCACUUUGCAGCAUAAAAUAAUACUUAAUAUAAAAUACAGGAGGAAAAAUGAAAAUUUCUGCCCGUAUCCCCUGGAAAAUAGAGUGAGUUUGGUCAAUGCAAGGAAGUGGGAACGCGUUGUCCACAUCUAUAUACAGUCUAUGGUCCCAGUUAUCUAUGGAGCAGCUGUUUGUUGUGUUACACUUUGUUUUUUUGUGUGUGUAUAUGAAAUCAAAUAAGCUACAAAUCGUGCUGGCAAGUCGAUUUUGUCUUUUGCUUGUGCAGACACACGUCCUUGUUUCCCGUCUUUAAUGCUAAGUCACGUCCAAACUAGCUGCAGACAUGAAGCAUCCACCUCCUCAUCUAACGCUCUGCAACUAAGCAAACGUCCCAAAACGUCCAGUCACCCCCCAGUAAGACGUCACAUGACGGCCACGGCUUUUCCCCUGCGACUCAAGAAUGUUCUAAUCUCCCACGGAAACAUCAAUAAAAUCCUGGGAUUUUGAUGAUAUAAGUGCAAUAAAGAUUGCUACAGAUCUCGCUUUAAUCAAACACAAACAUUUGUCCUCUGAAAAAGGUCACAACUAACCUAAGAUCUGUUCUAACUUUACACUCGAUACUCCUCUUUUUUCACAACCAGCACUAAGCUUCGUACCUUGUCCACCCCUCGUGUCACUGAACGAACAUUUGUGGUUGUUAAAGAGCUGCGUUUCCAGCAGUGCAUUAAUGUAAACAGUUCCUUUUUUUGUGUGGAAAAGAACCAAACAGCUCUGUCACUACCCUGAGUUUGUGUCUUUUAGUCUGUAGACUGUUCAAAGAUGAAGCUGUACAAACGGAAGAAGAAGAAGAGGAUCUUAGUAGAUGAAGUUACUAAAAGUACAGGAUUGAGAAGUAGUUGUCAGUAUUAAUUCUUAUCUAGUGAUCACAGCUGUAGAUGUCGACCUCCUGCGCUCAGCAUCGUCACACUUCCAGUCACUGCAUGACGCCGCAGAGAGGUCAAGAAUCAUCGAGCGGAGACGACGGCAUUUUUGUCUGUUGUUGGCAUCAUUACUUUUUAUUACACGUAGUGGUUAUUGACUGAAGUACAGUAAAUAAGUCCCAACUCAGUACCCAACAUUUAAGCUGUUGUGACUUGAUUUCAAACAUUUUUGCCUUUUGCCUUGUAAAUCUGUCGGUCUACAAGCUGGAAACAGGACGUUCAGACGUCCUGAGAUUUGUACGAGUUUGUUUCAGACAUGUGGAAUAAACGGAAAGAGUGUGUGGA